AUCUAAAAAACGAAAUACUUUGUUUAUAGCAUCUCGGUAGACCAGAUAUUCCGGUUCAUAUCCGGUUGGUACACGAAUAUACCUUGCUCUUCUGUGCUAAAACCAUUUUUUCCUAUUCUUAUUGGUGACAUUAUCAUCAUCAGAAAACAGUCCAGUUCCCACACAAAAUCUCAAAUUCUCUCUCCAUUACCAAGCCAUGGAGCUCUUAUGGGAGCUUGCCUUCACCAUAGCUCUUUCUCUUUUGCUUCCAUUGGUUUUCCUCAAACUCCUGUCGGUGACCCCAAGCUUCGAAGCAAAUGAGGAACUGGCUGUUAUUGGGCGUGAUCAUGAUCAUGGUCAUGAUCACGGGGUUAAAUCUGAUUCUCAGAGCUGGGAAACAGAUGAAGUUGUUCAAAUUAUGGGGAAAAUUGAUGAAUUCAGAGACAAACCGAUACUAGGGAAACUAAUAGUCCCAGAAAUUGUGGAUGAGAGUUUUGGAUCGCACAAGAUAUGCAAUUCAGAGAAGAUUGAUGAGACCAAAGUUUACAACAAAAUUGAACUGGUGGAUUUGGCAGAGGAUCAUUUUGGGGAUAAGAAUAAUCAAGGGGUUGUUAAUAUUAACAAAGUUGAGGUUGAAUUGAUGGAGUGUGACUCUGGAGAACACAAAGUUGAAGAGGUUGAGAUCUGGCAGUGCGAAAGAAAUUAUAAUGAGAUUGAUGAAUCUGGUAAGAACGAGGAAAUUGGUGAAAACGGGGGUUUGGUGGUGGACGAGGAUGAUUGGGAGGGAAUAGAAAGAACUGAAUUGGAUAGGCGUUUCAGUGCUGCAGUUGUAUUUGUUGGAUCCAAGAGCAAUGUUAAUAAUCUCAGUAAUGAUGUGAAGAUGAAGCUUCAUGGUUAUCACCAAAUUGCUACACAGGGUCCUUGCCAUGAGCCCCAACCAAUGACACUAAAGUUCUCUGCUCGAGCUAAGUGGAUUGCAUGGCGACAACUUGGGAUUAUGAGUUCAGAGCAUGCCAUGGAGCAGUAUAUCAGUCUUUUAUCAGAAAGCAUUCCUGAUUGGAUCGCAGAAAAUCCUCGUGUAAGAUAAUGCUAAACCUCAUGAUUUGAAGGCAUAGCUACUAUGACAAAGGAGCCGAAUAUUAUAAAGUAUAACCGCAUAAGUCUAUUCUGAUGCUUAGCAAUUGAGAAGAUUUCCAAAAUUGCAGAAAUUUUCGGUUUUCAAGGAAGUCCCUAGCCAUUGGAUACUUAACGCACUACGCAUGAUAAUGGAGUUGGGUUUACCGUUUACCAUAUUUUGCUGUGGCAUUCUUUACUUUCUUUGAUAUCACUAUAGAUCCCUUUGAUCGACGAAUUGAAGAAGCACAUUUCGCUUGUAAAAUUAUGAAUUUAUGAUUAUUGAAUUGUAGUUAGUUGUAGACUUCUAGGCACAUAAUUGAAUUAUAAUUCUACAUCUUCCGUAGUUAUAAUGUAA